AUGUGGGCUCAGGAGGUUGCGUCUGUUGCAACAGAGUUCCUCACAAACCUUGAAACGUACGUCGCCACCCGCGAGGGCUAUGAGAGCAUCGCCGAGUUGCGGCUGGCCGCCAAUCGCCGUUCGUUGGGGCAGCUGCUGCUGGGAGCCACGCACAUGCAGAGCGACAACCUGGGCCUCACGUUCGUGGAGCGGGUCCAGAGCAUAAGCACAAAUCUGCCCGGCUACCCUUCCUUGAUGCGUGCCUACGGGGCCCUCAGCAAGAUGAGCGUCAUGAAUGAGUACCUCACACACAAGGCCCACUACAUGCGGGGAGGAGAGGGCGGCAUGUCGCGUACUGCCCAGUACCUGCGGUACUGCAUGGCACAGAUGGAGCAGCUGCGCAUGAUCAAGAUUUACAGGACGCCCGUCAUGCUGCGAAAUGCUUGCAGCAUCUUGACACACUCCCUGACCGUCAUUCUUGCACCGUACUUCGUGCACGCGGGCAAGUGCGACGCGGGCGUAGAGGACGCUGGCUUUGGCCCGUGGUGCCCCGCGCCCUACGUCAUGGCGUGCCUGUGGGUGCUCAUCACCACGUUGCUGCUGAAUGUUCAGGACUCUAAUGAGCACCCCCUGAACAUGCUGGGUGUGGACGACGUGUUCCUCAACCUGUCAGAGGAGUUUAGGGACGUGAUUGCAGACGCGAGGUACCAGGCUGGGUCAAUCCCAGAUGACGGCAGCUGCUUCGACCAGUGGCGGAUGCAGUUCGAUGCCAAGUGGCGCUCGGCGGCCACUGACUAG